AUGAAAGGAGAUAAUUUUGAUUUACUAAGUUGGUGGAAUCUCAAUUGGGGCAAAUACCCUAUACUUUCUCAAAUUGCAAAAGAUGUUUUGGGAAUGCCAAUUUCAACCGUUUCUAGUGAGUCGGCAUUUAGUACCGGAGGUAGGGUUAUUGACAAAUUUAGAAGUUCUCUUAUACCAAAGACCGUCGAAGCGUUGAUAUGCACACAAAAUUGGCUACGUUCUACACCAUCCGAUUUGCAAGAGAUGACCAUUCAUGGACUACAACUACAAGAAUUGAUGAUGAAUUUGGAGAAACUAGAAAUUGGAACCGGUUUAUGGUCCGGACCCGUUUUCUCAGGCCCUAGUUCUUGUUCGGGUUUGGGAUCCACCAGGUCGGGUGGAGCUUUUGAAGUGUACUCUGUUACGAAUUCUCCUACGCUUUCAUCCUCCUCCGAUCGCCGCCGCCUCCACUCCGCUCACUUCUCCCUUUCCCACUUUGCUCCGGCAGCGAUACUCACAGGAAUCAUCACUUUCGUCCUCAAAAGACUCAUUGAAGAUUCUUAG